GACACACAAUUAUCAUAAUUUAUUAUAUUUUCCAUCAAUACAAGGCUGAAUGACGAUCAUUUUAUUAAUAUUUAGAGUUAACAACCAUGUUUUUCUGAUAAAAUCUUCGUUUAUUAAUUUUUUGUUUAUCAUGGCGGUCAUUAUUUUGAUAACAGGGUCAAUUAAACGGUACUUUACACAACAUGAAUUUACUGUUUAAUUGCAACACUGUGUAAUACUUCGAAAAUUAAUGGAUCAAACACAAAAAAAUUUAAUUACACGACUCAAAAAGCUACGAAUGCCACGUUAAAUACGGAAAAGUCAAGUAAUUAUUAAAUUAUUUUGCGAUAACAGUUCAAUUAACAUUUACAAUUAACAGCUGUUACAUCAUUCAUUUAAAGUUAAGAUCUCGUUGCGUUUAAGACAGUAAUUGGCUUUUUAAAACGGCACCACUCAGUGUUUCAACACCUGAACUAAUUACAUAAUUAAGGUGAGAUUCCUCCCUCCAAAUAAAAGGCCAAAUGUACUUGUCGUGUGAACUAGUCGCAGUUGUCGGUCACAUUUGCCAAGAUGUUGUUGUGUUUGUUGUUGGUUGUCCUCGGUGUAUUCCUGCUGUGCUUUGUUGUCAGCAAGCUGACGAUGGGGUGGGUUAAAAGUCCCGCUUCCCUGAUGGGGAAAACCGCCAUUGUUACAGGAGGAAACGAAGGUAUUGGCUUCCAGGUUUGCCUUAUGUUAGCUUCAAGAGGUUGUAGGGUGAUUAUAGCUGAUGUGGCCAACUCCGAGGAAUCGAAGCUGAAAAUUAUUAAACAAACCAACAACCCCAACAUAAUCAGCAAGUACAUUGACCUGGGAAACUUCAAAACAAUACGGGAAUUUGCUGAGGACAUCAUCAAAACUGAGCCCAAAGUGGACUUGCUGAUUCACAAUGCUGGCGUCAGCAUGACGCUUCCAAUUUUGACCGGUGAUGGAGUAAACAAAACCUUCCAGAUCAACUACUACGGCCCAUUUUUGUUGACACAUUUACUGAUAGGAGUACUGAAGAAGUCAACACCCAGCCGGGUAAUAUUCACCAGCUCAGCCGCCAGCUUCUUAAACAACCUGUCCGAAGACAACCUGAACCCAAGCGACAUGGUCCACAACUUCACCGAAGGCUCCAGGCGGUACGCCAACACUAAAACCUGCGUCAUAAUGGGGGCCAACGAGUUCGCCAAACGCCUGAAGGGCACCGGCGUCACCGUCAACUCACUACAUCCAGGUCUUGUUCAAACACAAACCGUAACCAACGGCGUGAAGCUGGCCAAGAACGUCAGCCCCUUCCAACACUCCUUGUACGUCCUGAUGAUGUUCCUGACCUACACUGUGGGAAAGACGGCGUACGAAGGUGCGCAGACUACCGUCCAUUUGGCCGUUGACAAAAAGCUGGAGAAGGUAACCGGGAAGCACUUUUGGGACUGCAUGGCCUUCCCCGUACUGCCCCCGAACGCCACCAACCCAAAACUGAUCGAAGCCGUAUGGAGGAAGUCUGAGGAGCUGACGCAGCUGAAGGAGUCGGAGAAACUAACAUGAUGAACAACAGUAUUAAUUAAUUAGUUUGGCUAAUACCGGAAUAAAACUAAAUUGUGUGUUUAAAAUUGAUUGAUUUUAAAGGGGUGAAUAAUGGCAAUUAUAUUAUUGUAAUAAAACAUACAUUAACCUAUUUCACGUAUUAAAAAACGUAAACAUAAUAAAUUCCCAUAACGGCACUAAUUAAAACCAAUUCCAACGACAAUAAUCUGUAAAUAAAUUGCCUGCAUAUUUUUAGUUAUUAACAAUAAAUUAUAAUAAAUACACAACACUUGCGUAUAUUGAUAUAUUAUUGGGAAACAUAUUUUAUGUGCUGUUCGACAUUAUUUUAUAACAAUUAUUAUUUGUAAACUCGGCCAUUCCAUUAUUUUUUAAUUAAAAAUUGUUUUGCAAAGUU